AUGCUGUCUUUUUCAAAAUAUGCAAACUUUGAAGACACUGUGUUGAGUCGUAUUACGACCGACAACGUGAGUAUAUUCAUCGAUUUAAAUGGAUACUUUCAAACUAUUCUGUUAGACAUUUGAAAUAAUACUAUAGUAAGUGCAAUGACAGAAAAUGAAGAAGAAACGGACCAAAUUAUUUUUCUCCCUUCCCACAAUAAUAAGCUACACAUUUUGAUCAGAUGGAUUGAAAGAGAAAUAGAGACAAAAGUACUGAAAGGGGAUGCUCGAUACUUCUAAAGAUAAAGAAAGACGCCUCAUAAAAUGAAAAAAAUUAUAAACAAUAACAGCCAAUUAUAUUAAAAUCACCUGAGGAGAUGGACAUUUCAAGUCAUUUAAAGACAACGCCUGCUUUCAAUGGACAAAUUAUGAACUCCACAAACGAUACAUCUGUGACAGAUUCACCUAAACUGGAGGAGAACACGGAGAGUCUUGUCUUUCAAACUAGUUUGGCCGUAAUUCUUUCCAUUAUUACACUGGCUACUACUUUAUCAAAUGCAUUUGUCAUUGCCACGAUUUCUCAGUCAAAGAAAUUGCAAACACCAGCAAACUUUCUCAUAGCUUCAUUAGCCGUGACUGAUCUUUUGGUGUCAAUUUUGGUGAUGCCCAUAUGCGUUCUUUACACGGUGAUCCACGUAUGGACUUUGGGGCAGGUAAUAUGUGAUAUUUGGUUAUCCUCUGAUAUAACAUGUUGCACUGCGUCUAUCCUGCACCUGUGCGUAAUUGCUUUGGAUCGAUACUGGGCGAUAACUGACGCGGUCGAAUAUUCCAAGAAGCGCACCCCAGCGCGCGCGGCGGGGAUGAUCGCUACCGCCUGGGUCAUCGCCAUCUCCAUUUCCUUACCGCCUCUGUUCUGGCGGCAGGUGAAAGCGGAGGAGUUAACGACUUGUAAUGUGAACACGGAUCAUAUUUUUUACACUAUUUACUCCACGUUUGGGGCAUUCUAUAUCCCCACAUUGCUGCUUAUUGUGCUCUAUGGACGGAUUUACGUUGAAGCCCGUAAGAGAAUCUUGAAACAAUCACCCAAAAAGGUCGGGAAAAGACUCACUUCAGCGCACUUGGUCACCAACUCGCCAGGAUCUGUGGCGUCAACUACCUCUAUGCAGUGUGGGAGACACGAUGUGCACUCAAGUGAUACUGGAUCUCUGGCGAGUGACAAUCAAGUGAAAGUAACUGUGUCAGAUGCGCUGUUGGAAAAGAAAAGAAUAUCAGCAGCUAGAGAGAGAAAAGCCACAAAAACUUUGGGGAUAAUAUUAGGUGCGUACAUCAUAUGCUGGUUGCCGUUUUUUAUUUAUACACUGGUGGUAGCCACUUGCUCAACUUGUUUUUACCCAGAGCUGUUUGACUUCUUCAACUGGCUUGGUUAUCUAAAUUCUCUGAUCAAUCCCAUCAUAUAUACUAUGUCCAACGAUGACUUUAAGAAAGCUUUCCACAAACUCGUGCGCUUCAAAUGUUGCAAGUUAUGAAAAAUGUCUUGACAAUUAUCUUCGCCUUCAAUAUUGUAAAUUAUUCUUAUUUACAUACCUAUAUGGUAAGUAAUAAUUUAAGUACAGAAUCUAGGUUUUAACGCCUGGAUAUGAUUUACAAUGAGUUAGGAUGAGUGUCAGAAAUGAAAUUCUUUUGGCAACCAUUUAUGGUCAUUAAGUUGGUUGGAUAAAACUAACUAUACGCAAAAUACAUUUUGAGGUAAAUUUGUCUAAAAUUAUUAGACAGGCUCGACAAAUCUAAUCGGCAAUGGCUUUGGGAAACGGAAAUGGGUUGUUCGUGUUCCGCAUGGAUUCCCAUUUGGGGAACAUGUUGGUGCAGCGCAUUCCGCGCUAUUCCCAUGGCGACUGACCUAUUAAUGCGCCUCAGAUGCGCUGCACAAGGCUGAUAUCUCUAAAGACUGUUCCCACCAACCAAUCUGAUAUUAAACCAUAAACCUAAUUGUGCGCUGGGAAUUCAUGUACGGUAUAAUGUAUUUUAUUUGUUACAUUUGUUCUAUCUUGUUUUGUUUUGCAUACUUCUGUGUGUAAAAAUAUUUGUUGUUUUCUUUGCAAAACUCAACAUUGAUGUAUGUAUAUUUAUUCUGUGGAUAAAUGAUUAAAAAGAUCUUAGGUUUCAUCUGGCUGAAUCAACAGCAUUGGUUCACAGGUUGUGGUGUUUCAUUUGUAGGCUAAUAUCGUUUUAAUCCAAGAAAUGCAAGAGUGCUGAAAAUGAUCAUCUUCUGUAAUGGUGUCAUUUAUUGUGUACUAGGUUUAAAUAGGAUUUAGAUUCAUAUAACUUGAAUGUCAAACACAGGCAUAGACAGAUUUUAUUAUGGGUGAUAUUUACCCAGUUAUUUUUGAGAGCAGAUGAAUAAGUUCAAUUUUACUGAACAAACAUGUAAUGUUUGUUUAUGUGUGACUGUAUGCCUGUGAGAGUGUUUGUACUGUAUCCUCAUACAUAGGAAGUGUGUUUAUCUGUGUUUGUGUCUGUAUUGCUCAGCCAGUCAUUUCACUGCCUUGAGUCACAUUAUAUGAGAGAAAAGGAGAAACUGAAACAGUGAUAAAUCUUUAUGAGAGUAUUUAUGAAAUCCAUGUUGACAUUGGUUUGUGAAAUAUAUUUCUUGAAUCUCUCCAAGUGUGGAAGUCCUCUUUUCACUCUGAG